AUGCCCCUCGAAAUCGCAUGCUUCACCCCAUCCUCCGCCAUCUCUGCCGCCCAAGCCGGAGCAGACCGCAUCGAGCUGUGCGCCAACUACGCCGGCGGCGGCGUGACCCCAGACAUACACUCUCUGCUCGCAAUUCGCAAAGAAGUGGGAAGAGAUGUGCUGAUUAACGUGAUGAUCCGCCCGCGUGCCGGGGAUUUCGUGUAUUCGACAAAGGAGAUGGAGGCUAUGAGGCAUGACAUUGCGCUGUUCACGCCGCUGGCUAGCGGGUUUGUGUUUGGCAUUUUGGAUGCGAAUGGACGCGUGGAUGUAGCAAGGAAUAGCGAGUUGGUUGAUAUUGCGGCGCCGCUGCCCUGGACGGGAGAAGAGGUGGACCCAGAGGAAGUCAAGAGGAUUAAAGAUGCUCUGGCAAAAGGGGUGAAUCACUGCGAUGGUGAUCAAGAGAUGGCUGAUUGA